AUGAAUUUAAAGGACCUGAAAAUCCCGACUAAAUGCAGCGAUAUGAUCAACACAUAUCAAGCAUAUUAUCAGGAUUUCUAUAUGGAAAUGGUCCACAUUAGUAAUUCGUCCUUAAAUGAACACGUAGAAGAAUUUUUAUCUUACAUUCAAUCAAUCACCACGAGUCCAGCAAUAGACGAUAUCAUGAGAGCUGCCAUGGGUGUUACUUGCCUUCAUGAAUUUGGCUAUGAUAACUUUCCUAGGCUUGUCAGAAUUUUUGAUCGUCUAAUUCCUCAAGUUGAUUAUGAAUACGUUAAGUUUACAAGUUGGUGUGCCGGUAAACUAGUUGUUCACCCUGGUUACGAGCAAUCGCGUUACGUCACUCACUUAUUUGAGAGAAUUAUUGGAUGGAUUCGAGCCAGAGGAAGGCGCUCUCGACAUCUUGCUGCUGUUUGCAUGCUCGAACAAAUCUCUUUAAACGCCGGUACUGAUGUUGUUCCUUUCUUAAUGCAAUUACAACCCGCAAUCUGGACAUUAAUUUCACAUCCUUCAAUGAGAUUAAUUGAUGAGACAGCCAAAGCAAUCAGCCGUUAUACUCGUGCUAUUUUACGUUACAGGCGUCUUGAUAUUGAUAAUUAUCUUGGCUUCUUGACAUCGUUGUCAACAAAACUUUUAUCUCUAGACAAUCCAACAAAGACAUACGCUGGAUUGAAGCUCAUUGAGUCUCUGAUCGAAAGUUAUCCGGAUUAUUUUAUUCCAUCAUUAGAAGAAAUACAUUAUUUAAUUACAGAUACAACUACCAAUAGGCCAAUACUUGUCAAAAACGAGAUGUUUGUUGCAAUAUCUUAUUUGGCUCUCGUUGAUCCAAAACAAUUUUCUGAAAUUGCCUCAGAUUUAUUUGAUAACAUAGAGGAAAUCAUUGUCGAAUUCCCAUCAUCAAUAGCAGAAGCAAUUUACAAACUAUGCCAGAACGCUCCUGACUUUGUAAAAAACAAAAUUGAUUUAAUCAAGAGUUUAGCACCGAAAAUACUAUUCGAUAUUGAUAGCGUAUGCACAUUAUUAAGAGCUUUACUCGACGCAUUCGAUAUUGAAGCACUUCCUAUCAGUGAAGUCUUAAUUAAAGAAAUUUUAGACCAGCCAUUCUCAGAAUCAAUCAACUCAUUCAUCGUAUCUCUUGCCAAGGCCAUGGACAAAGACAUGCCAUCAUGGUUAAUCAAGAAUAUCCAUCAGAAAAUUAUAAAUGAAUAUCAAUCGAACACUUUACUCGUUUUGAACCUCAUUUCCCUACUUCCUUCGAACGCUAUUUACGAUGCCAAGGGAAUAAUGAACCUUGUUUCAGAUUCAAGCCCUGUAGCAAGUUUACAAGUCCGAAAACUGGUUCCGAACGCGAUUUUCAACGUGGCCAUGUCUUCAAAUAACCAGAGGUUUAUGGACGAAACGGUUCAGAAGAUUUUCCAGCUUGCAAUUUUCGAUCCAUCAAAUGAGGUCCGUUGUUCGAUCUUAAAUGUCCUUAAAGACAAUCCUUCGAAGGAACUCGCCUCACCAGCAUCAAUCAAAUUCCUCCAGCUCUUUUCUAACGACGAUUCUACCUCUGUCAAAACUUUGGUAUUUAAGACGAUCGCGGAGUUAGGAAAACUCAAUCCUUUGUACGUAUCGAAUAUUACAAGGCAUUCAAUAUUAGAGCAUUUAUAUAUCAUCAAAAACGAUCCUGAUGUCAGAUUAAGAGCGAGAACUGUAAAAACAUUGCCAGAUUUGAUCAAAGCUGCCUCAUUUUCAGGACAGAUCUACGCAAAGCCAUUCAUGGACAUCGCAAUUGAGAUUUUGUCCCGUCCAUUAGAAAAAGAUCAAAUUGAGAACUUUUUAGACAGAAAUGGACAGACAAAGAUCAUCAUUGGCAUCAUUGAUUCCAUUGCGUUGAUGGCACCAGUCGCUCCAGACGUUGUUUCCAGUUAUGCAACAACAUUAAUUCCAAUUCUUGGCGAAAAGCUCUCACCAAACGAGGACAGAAUGUUAAUUCUUGCUAUCAUGCACUUAUUCUUCGUCCUUUUGUCACCACCAGCCUCAACACUCCAGUAUCGCGUGAUGACACCUUACAUUUUACAGUGUUGCUCACAGUUUCUUGCACAAACACAGUCCAGAAAGUGCAGAAUGGCCACUCUCCGUGUCAUUGGCGCAAUAGGUAUCUUGGAAGUCCAUCAAAGACCACCUCCAAAGAACACACAAGCUCCGAAGAACAUAAACGAGACACUGGCCAGGGAGUUUUUCACUUUUUCAAGGGAUAUCGAUGAAUCCUUUGACGAUACAUUGUUGAUCAACGAACAAACAUGGGAUCAGCUGUAUUCUACAGUAGUUGCGAAUGUUCUCUUGAAGGUAUUGGAUGACGAGAGCCUCAAAGAAAUGUAUCCUGAUACUUGCCAUGCAUUGUGCCAAGUUUUAGGAAACAUUAAAAUGUAUAUGUUGUCUCAGUUCGACCAAUUCUUCGAUAAGAUAUUAACAAUAUUGGAGAACAGCAACGAGAACGAUCUAGGAUUGUAUUUACCUGUUGUUUCAGACUUAAUUACGAUGAGUACACUUAAUUGCUCUCCUUUUGUCGAAAGAACGCUCAAGAUAUUGAUAACUAAGUUUAACGAUAAGGAUUUACUCCAGAUUUUGGACAUAAUUGUAAGUUUCGUUACAGUUUUGAAGGAUGGUUUCGCUCCUUACGCUUCUUUGGUAAUUUCUCUGAUGGUUCACUCACUGGAGAGGUUCAAAUCGACCAAUUUGAGUAUUUCCUCCAAGAUUUUGGAGGCAUUUUCCGAAAUUGGCAUUUAUGCAAGCGAUUUGAACUACUUAAUCAUACCGCAGAUCAGUGAUGUUGUAAUUUCAGAGCAUGUUCUUAUGCCAGUUCGUGUUUCCGCCAUAUUAAGUAUCGAUAAAUUAGCUUCAUCUGUUGAUUUGUACUACUAUUUAGGUUCAAUCAUCAGAGCAGUCAACUACGGAUUGGGCUCCAAAGAUGCUGUUCUCACAGAAAACACUCUAAAGGUCAUUAUGACGUUACUUAAAACUCAAGGAAAGAAGUUCCUCAUAAAUUCAAUGACCUUAUUCAAUUUUAUGAAGAUCAGCGGUUUCUCAGAAAAUAAAGAAUUGCAAAAAUGCAUCCAAGAAGCAGAAACAAUAGAGAACUUUACUCCUAUUAUCAAAGUACAGAGUAUUAACAAGAAUUACAAAAAAGUUACUCAUAUUUUGAGCCAAGAUGCGAUAGUUGCCAGAGCAAUGACACCUGCAUUAGGCCAUGGCCGCCACUUAGAAGAAUGGCUGCAUUCCUUCAUCAUUUCAUGCAUAUCCAGUUCACCAAGCAAACAAAUCAGAGUUUGCACGAACCUCGCGACCAACUACCACAAGUUGGCCAUUGCCCUGUUCAAGAUUGCCUUCUUCAGCUGCUGGCAAGAGAUAAAUGAAAGUGGAAGACAGACAAUAACAUCUUCUUUCCACGAAAUCUUGCUUACUUCUGAUGCCCAAGACAGAGUUGCCUCAACAAUCAUGGAUCUCAUCUUCUUCAUGUCGAAAUUUGAAAAUCCGAUCAAACUUCCUGUCAAAGAUUUGACAUUUUCAGCUUUGAGAUUCGGUUCAAAUGCCUUUGCUCUCUGUCUUCUACAGGAUUCUUUCAAUAACGACACAACAGUUGACCCUGGAUCUUGUGUUGUCCAGUUAAUUGACACUUACUUGAGCUUGGGAGACUGGGACAACGCUGCCGGUGUUUGGACAUUGUACAAGACAAAGACUCCAGGGCUAGAAAUCAACGAUACAAUGGCUAAAUUGAAGAUGUGGGACCAAGUUCUUCCUUUGUACAAGAGAAAGUACGAACAAUACAAGGACAACCAGUCCUUGAGUGGCAUGAUCAGAACAAUGUCACACAUUGGACUUUGGAACGAAAUGAUUCCUCUCAAGAAAGAUUUCGACCAAAUGAACAGAAGUGUCAAAAGAGAACUCGCUCCAUACUUCUCUAGAGCCGCAUUCAGUCUUGGAAAAUGGGACAUUCUCGAGGAAGUCAGCCAGUACAAUCCAGAUGACAACAUCCACAUGAUGCUAUUAGAUGCUUUACAGGAUAUAAAGAAAGGAAAUUACGACAUCGACCAGAAAAUUACUAAUUGCUGGUCAACAUUGGCAUCUAGACCUAUAACAUUCUGGGCAGACAACUUGCAAAUACAUAGAGAAACAAUGUUGAUUGCACAGCAGAUUGUAGAAGUUUUGGAAAUCAGAGAUUGGGCGAAGAAUCCGAACAUGAGAGAAGAAAUUGAAAGUGUUUGGCUGCAGAGGAUGAGAACAGCACCAAGAGAUUUCGAAUUGUGGUUCAGAAUCAUUACAAACAGAUUCUCAAUCACACAGAAACACGAUGAACUGUUUUUGAAUCUCUUCCAAAUGAAAUCAAGUCAAAUGGGAACAAAAAUGAAUUCAAAUGUAUUCAAUUCUAUAUUCCCUGACUUAGAUUUCAAGCUCAGCCCUGAUAUCGACAGACUCUGCUUCGUAAUAAAUCACUGGACAACAGGAGAAAAGAAAAAAGCUCUUCUCGAAAUGAAAAAUUUGACAGAAACCGUCAAAAUAGAGAAAUUAUCCAGCGAAUGCCACUCAUUCUACGCAAGCUGGAGAAUAGAACUCGAUGAUUCCUGCGACGCAUUAUUAGAUGCUUACGAACAUUUCAAGAAAGUUCCUGUAAUUAACAGUUUAAUCCAAAAUUCAAAGAAAAGUGAUAGCAGAAGUAAAUACCGACUUACCAGAUUUAGUUCUAGUGCAGGCGGACUUUACUUACCAUCGACUGUUGUCAAAUCAUUGGAAUACCAAGUCAAAGACAUCAACAACCUGAGAAAAUGGUCGAAUGUCAACAUAGAACUCAUCACGAAAGAUCCAAUGAGAACAAACAAAUACGUGAUGAACGCGAUAUCCGCUUUGAGCCAAUUAUGUACAAUAUCACCAAGUUUCACUGAUGUCGUACAAAUUCUCAAUUUAUUCUUCGAACACGCGGAAGAAACAGAAGUUUUCGACCAAACGAAACAAAUCAUCACAACUGUUGAACCGAAAUUGUUAUUACAGGCAUCAUCACAAAUCUUAGUUCAACUGAACCAUCCAUCGAAGAACGUCGCCCAAUUCGUUCACCAGUUGUUACUAAAUCUUUUGGAAGAGCACUACCACGCGUUGAUUUUCUCUCUGAUUGUAAACAGAGACAGUAAAAAUCAAAGUAGAGCUCAGGCAUCGAGAGAUUUGUAUGAAGAGUUUAGUAACAAACAUCCGGAAGAAUCGAAUGAAGUCAUUGAAAUAAGAAAGUGUUUGUUGAGAGCUGCUGUUACUUGGUAUGAGAAAUCUCUUCAGAAGAUUUCAGAUGCAUUUGAUAAUUACUCAUUACAAAGGAUUGAUGCAAUGAUUGUUUGUCUGCAAAAAAUCUUAAAAAUGUCUAAGAAACCGAAGUGCGAAUUACACAAUCAGUUUCUUAAACAAUACUCGAAUCAGUUGAAUAAUCUCGAGAAGUUAUUGAACAGUUUCGAUCCACACAAUCAAAACAUGUUGAAUAACAUCUCUCAAUGGUGCAGAUUGAUGCAGGACAGCAUUUCCGAGGAUAUCAGGAAAGUUAAGAUAAUUCGGCUGUCCAGUUUGUCGCAGAUAGGAAAUAAGACUCAUUUCAAACUCGCUGUCCCUGGAACAUAUAAACCAGGAAAGAAAAUCAUAAGAAUUGAGUAUUUCGUUGGCCAAUUCAAUGUCUACAUGUCUAAACAACAACCAAAAGAUGUUGUUGUAAGAGGCGAAGAUGGCAAUUUCUAUCAGUACCUCGUGAAAGGACAUGAAGAUUUGAGAUUGGAUGAAAGAGUCAUGCAGUUCUUCCAUUUGGUCAAUUCUUUCAUUAAGAAAGAAACUUCAUUUGGCGGACAAAUCAUCUCAACAAUGUCUGUUAUUCCUCUCUCUAUUCAACACGGUUUAGUUCAAUGGGUAAGAGGAACAGACACAUUGAGAGGAAUUGUUGAGAACUACAGAAGACUCUACGAAACAGAUCCAAUGAUUGAAUACACUCUCCUGGAACAAUUAAGUCACCAGGCUUAUGAUUACAUGCUGCCAAUCCAGAAACAACAAAUUAUUGACAAAGUUUGUUCGUUAACUCCUGAUACAGACAUUGCACAGUUAUUCCAGUUGAAAGCGGAGUCAUCAAAUGUCUGGUUGAAGCAGACAAGGACAUUCGCUAUGACUGCUGCUAUUACAUCAAUCGUUGGAUACAUAAUUGGCCUUGGAGACAGACAUCCAAGUAAUUUGUUGAUUGAUAGAUUGACAGGUAAAAUUGUCCACAUCGAUUUCGGUGAUUCGUUUGAGAAAGCUGCGAAAAGAAAAUUCCUUCCUGAAGUUGUUCCGUUCAGAUUGACAAGGAUGAUGGUCAAAGCAAUGGGUGUUGCUGGUGUUUGCGGUGCUUUCAGAACAACAUUCAUCAAUUUGGCUCAGUUGUUGAGAGACAACAGAAGAGUUUUAGUCAUGGUUCUUUCGAUUUUCGUGCACGAGCCAUUGGUUGAUAAUGAAGAUAACAAUGACUACAAGAACAACGGAGAAACUCAUGUUGUUGAUGUAGUUCAGCAGGGAUCUUCAAUCAUCGACAAAGGAAGAUUGAUUUUGGCUGACAACGCUUCUCAACAAAGUUCAAUCGAAAUGAGAAACAGAGUCAACCAAAAACUCUCUGGAAUGGACUUCGACAACAAAGUUCCGUUGACUGUUGAGCAGCAGGCUGACAUGCUCAUCUCGUUGGCAACAAGCAGAUACCAACUCGCAAAGAUGUACAGCGGUUGGUGCCCAUUCUGGUAA